ACCAGCGCAGCUAGCGGCACUGUCGCUUUGCCGCCGCUUGCAACAGGAUCGCCCUUGACUACGGCGGCCGCGGGGGGCAUUAAAAUUAUUGGAGGCUACCAAGAGCAAUCUGAGGAAGACUAUGGAAUUUUCAUCAAGAGGAUAUUACCUGGGGGAAUAGACAAGCUGUUGACAUAUUGCGAACGGCAUCAGCAACCAGUCACGUGUCAUUGCUUGUUGCCAGAGAUGAAGAAGCAAAGAAAGAAUUUCUAGACCUGAUGGAGAGGUGCAGUUUGCAUAGUAACGCAAGCUCUACAAGGAAUUCCCCGACACAACUGCUAGCUGGUAAAGCUGCUGACAGCUUCUCUUCAGGAUCGUCUUCUGGGUCACCAAGUCCUCAGCUGUUGCAUCCCAAAGACAUGCUUGCAAACCACCAUGGAAAGCCCACCGCAACCACUUCCUUUCAAACUGCCACAAAUGACAACGUGUUUCAGAUUAUCACCGUUGCCAAGGGAACAGGCCUCGGCUUGAACAUCGUAGGAGGCACUAACAGGGAAGAAGGCCCCUUGGUAUAUAUUCUGGAAGUUAUUCCUGGAGGUGAUUGUCAUAAGGAUGGUCGACUGAGACCCGGAGACCAGCUCGUAUCCAUUAACAAAGAAUCAUUGAUUGGAGUCACCUAUGAAGAGGCAAGGAGUUUAAUCAACCGAACAAAGCUGAGAUCAAACUCUUCUUGGGAGAUCACUUUCGUUCGACAUGAAACUGCUCCCAGUCAAGUGGAAAGUACGCCGCCGUCCUCUAUCCUGAUAACUUCAGGUGCAUAUCGACAACAGCAUUCUCCACUGGCGCUCAGUCUGGCUUUGUCUCCUAUUGAAAACAUUGCUUCAAAGAUGGCUAUUCUGGAUGUUACAAAAGUGGGAUUCAAGAAGAGAGAACAGCCUUCAGCUUCUUCUGCAAACAACAGUACUGCUGAUGUGUCUGUCGGGGCUAUUGGCCCCACCUGGAGUGAUGAUUAUGGACCACAAAAAAGGAAGAUUUCUCUAAAUCCCGCAGUUCGUCUCAAAGCAGAUAAGUUAGAGAUGGCUCUGAAUUAUCUUGGGAUUCAACCCACAAAAGAACAACAAGAAAUCCUAAGAGAGCAGCUACCAAAGGAUUCUAAAGGAACAGUAUCUUUUGGAGAUUUCGUUCAGGUGGCAAAAACACUAUUCUGUUUGCAGCUGGAUGGGGCAGGUGGUGCUCAAGGACCAGCAGGGUUUACUACCCAGGAAAUUGCCAGGUUAUUAGACACACAGUUUGUAUCCUGUGAUCCUUUGGAAAGAGAUGACAUGGAAGAACUUAAGAAAGAGAGAAAUGAAGCUUUAAAAGAAAUAUGCAAAUUGAAGGAAGAAUUGGCAGAGUCAGAGCAUGUGAGAAAACAACUAGCUGAAGAGCUGCAAACUACCAAACAAGAAGCCAAGGCAUCUGUGGAGGAGGCAAGAGCCCUACGGAGCAGAAUCCAUCUUGCAGAAGCCGCACAAAAGCAAGCUCAUGGGAUGGAAAUGGACUAUGAGGAAGUAAUCCGCCUGUUAGAGGUGGAAAUUGCCGAGCUGAAGGCUGAGCUUGCUGAUCAUUGUGGCCAAAAUAAAGACAGUGUCCAAGAUUUAAGGAAGAGGAUUACUGUGCUCGAUUGCCAGUUGAGAAAAUCCGAAACGGCCAAGAAAGCCUUUGAGGUGGCAACUGAAAAGUUACUGCAGUUUGUUGAGGUUGUACCUGAAGUGCUGCUAUCAGAUAACUCCACUUCCCUGACCAACCUAAGUGACAGAAAAGCCACCUUCUCUUCUAAAACACUCCUUGCGCGACUAGGAAGGAAUGGCCGCACCGUUCCAGCAUCCCUUGCCGCAGAAGCCAAAGACCUUGCUAGAUCUGUCCGUGCCAUUCUGGAAACAGAUUGUCUGCCUUAUGGAUGGGAAGAGGCCUAUACAGCAGAUGGGAUCAAAUACUUCAUCAACCAUGUGACACAGACAACAUCCUGGGUCCAUCCUGUCACCAACGUCCUUGCCUUGUCAUACUCUGAAGAGAACGAGGACGAUGGCUUCAGAGAGCUGCCGGAUCCCAAAAGCUGAGAGCAUCUUCAACGGGUGGAAAACAGUUCCAGUUAAAACAGAAGCUGCUGCUUAUGGGGUGCUGGGUUCAAAAACAAAAUAACCUCCCUCGUACAGUACCCAUCUGUAUCCAUAGCUUUUCUCUGGCAGGUGAAUGAACCCAGCUUCAUAGACCAAGUACUUAAGUUGACGUGCAUUAUGCCACCAGUACUGCAAGUUCACCUGCUUUAGAAAACAGGAACACUCAUACCUGCUUCUGCUCCUAGUGCCUAUUGCUCAUUUGUAUAUCUACAGACUGUAUGUAUAAAAGCCAAUUUCCAGUAUCUCAUCAUGCUCUACAGCAGAAGUGGGAAACUUAUGACCCUCCAGAUGUCGUGGCCCUCUUCGUCAUUGGCUAUGCUGGCUAUGGCUGGUGGUAGUUGUAGGCCUAAAAUCUGGAGGGCCCCUAACUGCCCACCCUUGCUUUAGAGCAGCCUUGCCCAAACGGGGUUCCUCUGGACAUUAGGGACAACUCCCAUCCUCUCUGACUAUUGGUGAUUCUGGCUCAGGCUGAAGGGAACUACAGGCCUGUCUACACUGCAAAUCUAAGUGACACUAUUUAUCAUGGGCAUUAUUUGUCAUGGCUUCCCCACCUCCAGGGAUCCAGGAGAACUGUCAUUCUGUGAGAGAUUAGAGAACUUUUAAUAGUGAAUUCUCAACCAUCUCAAACAACACCAGCUCCCAGAGCCCUUGACAGAAAUGAUGAUAGCCAAACUGGGUUAAAUGUGUAGUGUAGAUGCAGACCAAAUGCAGCUGGCAUUGCCCUUGGAAAGACAGACUUCACCAGCGUCGUGGUUAUGGCUGUAAUUUGAAACUGAUCUUCUGUUAAAGGAGUCAGUAGCAAUAAAGAUGCUGCUUACUCCCGACAAGGGAUUGAUGUAUUUUCCCCAGCCCAAAUCUUCAGUUUCAUAGGCUUUCCAACCAAUGCAGAAACUGAAGAACUAGGUCAACACUUUUAUCCUACUGAUAGCCAUAGUUACAAUCUUGGCCUCCAUCUAAUAGCAUUUCAGAAAGCUGGAGUUGUUUCUCUUUCUUUGCCUACUAAUUAAUGGCAUUUCAGAAGUAGGUCGCUAUGUCCACUGUGCUGUUUUUUUUUUAAUAUCCUAGCAUCAAUUAGCUGGUCAGAUAAGCCACUGUUGAUUCACAUUUUUUUACUUGCCGUGUUGUGAUACCUGGUGUGUGUGUGUGUGUGUGUCUAUACACACAUACACACAGAAAGAGAAAGAAGGAGAGACAAAUUAAACACAUGAUGUUCAAAUCCUGGUUUGCUUUCCUUUCAUAUGCAGUAAAUUGUAAAUAGAGAAUGUAGAUUGAGGAUGAAAUGCCUCUGCAGUUUGUAACAAGUAUAAGACAAUAAUGUUCUUAGAAAUUUUUAUAAUAAAUACAUUGUUCUAACCUUUAA